AUGGAUGUUUGUAUUCUAUUAUUUUAUUUCUUAAUUCAAUUUUCCAACUGUAAUGUGUAUAAAAAUCUGUUUGAAACCUUACUCUCCAGAUACAAUAAAAUAGCGUUUCCGUCUGGACAACAUAACAAUAGCCUCACAAUUGAAUUCAAACUGAGUCUUGAUCAAAUUGUGGAUGUACAUGAGAAAGAUCAAGUUAUUACAUUGAAAGGAACACUUGUGCAUCAUUGGUUUGACUUCCGAUUAUCUUGGAAUCCGAGUGAUUUUGGAAACAUUACUCUCAUGCAUUUUCCGGGUGAAAUGUUAUGGUUGCCAGAUAUCAUUCUCUAUAAUAAUGCUCAUGGAAGUCCGUGGGUAUCAGAAACAACUCAAAUUCAUGUGUCCCAUGAUGGACGUGUCACGUGGCAACCACCAGUUGUUUAUGAUGCAUUUUGUAAUAUUGAUAUUGAGUGGUACCCAUAUGAUCUACAGAUUUGUGAGCUUAAAUUUGGAUCAUGGACGUAUGGAGGAUCACAAUUGAAUCUAGUUCAUUUGAAUGAGGAUCGAGCCAAUGAAAGUCAAGAUUCAGAAGGAGAAAAUGUGUGGAAAGUUGAACGAGGAGUUGAGUUGAGUAACUAUCAAUUUAGUGCGGUUACGGUAGUAGCUCACACUCGUAUUCCGGGAUUGCAGGAAUCAGUUGAGUGGGACUUGUUGUCAGUUGAAGGAAUUCGGCACAAGAAAUGGUAUCCAUGUUGUGAUUAUCCAUCCAUUGAUAUCACUUAUUAUUUACACAUUCGAAGAAAAAAGUUGUUCUACACAGUCAAUAUGAUAAUUCCGUGUGUCUCAUUAGCUUCUUUGACUUUGUGGGUAUUCUAUCUCCCAUGUGAAAGUCACCAGAAAAUACAAUUGUGUAUUUCUGUUCUUGUUGCUCUCACAAUUUAUUUUCUGAUGUUGAUCGAUAUCAUUCCUCCAACAAGUAUUGUCACUCCACUUAUUCUGAAAUAUCUCAGUUUUACUAUGGUUAUGGUCGCAUUAUCAGUCACUUUCACAGUCCUCGUACAAAACAUCCAUUACCGUGCCCACUAUCAACCAAUGCCACGAUUCGUUAAAAAAUGGUUCAUUGAAAAACUGGGGAAAAUGCUCCUUAUAUCAAGGAAGACUGAACAAGCACAAUACCAUAGAACUGCUCAACAUGAGAAGCAAGUCAAUGCUCUAUCCGCAAUGAACAUUCUAGAAAGGCAGUUCCAGAAGACACUUUUUGAGUUGGAGAUUGCAACCAUGGCAAAGAAAAAUACACCUCAACCACCGAAAUCUGUGAACUCAUUGUUUCUAGAACUUCCUAUGUUAAACCGAUCGGUAUCUGUUAAAAUUAGAAAACCAUCUGUGAAGGCUGUUAAAAAUCGCAUGCGACGACUGCUCAGUAUCGAUAUGACUGAUGAUGUUCGAGGAAAGGAUGUAGAAGAAAUAUCGCCGGAGACUGUGAAAGACACUGAUCCAGAUAGAGAAAAACUUCGAAAAGCUGAGAGAAACAUUCAUUUCAUUGCUAAGACACUAACCGAUGAACGGAAAGAUCAAGAAGUAUGA